GCAGUAGAGAGCUGAGAAAGCUUUAUUUUAUGUGAUGACGAAUACCGAAACAAGUACAGGCCCGCAAGGGCUGUCGCGAAGACCAUCGAGGAGCGCCGCGACCACGACGUUCUCGACCGAGGUGUUCGACAACGAGGUCGUACCUUCCUCGCUUAGUUCGAUCGCACCCAUCCUCCGCAUUGCCAAAGAGAUCGAACCCGAACGCCCUCGUGUUGCCUAUCUCUGUCGAUUCUAUGCCUUUGAGAAAGCACACAGAUUGGAUCCCAACUCCUCCGGACGUGGUGUUAGGCAGUUCAAGACUGGUCUACUGCAAAGGCUUGAGAGGGACAAUGCAUCCAGUCUUGCCUCUCGGGUUAAAAAGACCGAUGCGGCAGAAAUCGGGAGCUAUUAUAAACGAUACUAUGAACACUAUGUUAGAGCUCUGGACCAGGGAGAUCAGGCAGACAGAGCUCAGCUGGGGAAAGCUUACCAAACGGCUGGAGUGCUUUUCGAAGUCCUUUGUGCAGUUAAUAAAACCGAGAAAGUCGAGGAAGUUGCUCCCGAGAUUAUGGCAGCAGCUAAAGAUGUCCAAGAAAAGAAGGAUAUCUACACUCCCUACAACAUUCUUCCUUUGGAUGCUGCCGGGGCUUCUCAGUCCAUCAUGCAGCUUGAGGAGGUUAAGGCUUCUGUGGCUGCACUUGGGAAUGUUCGUGGCUUGAACUGGCCUUCCGGAUUCGAGCCACAUAGGCAGAAAACCGGAGACUUGGACCUUCUGGAUUGGUUAAGGGCUAUGUUUGGAUUCCAGAGGGACAAUGUCAGGAACCAGAGGGAGCACUUGAUUUUGCUGCUUGCCAAUAAUCAUAUUAGACUCCACCCCAAACCUGAACCUCUUAAUAAGCUCGAUGAACGAGCAGUCGACACUGUUAUGAGCAAGCUUUUCAAGAAUUACAAAACAUGGUGUAAAUUCUUGGGACGUAAACAUAGUUUAAGGCUACCUCAAGGCUCUCAAGAAAUACAACAGAGGAAGAUACUAUAUAUGGGAUUAUAUCUUCUCAUCUGGGGUGAAGCAGCUAAUGUUCGAUACAUGCCGGAAUGUCUAUGCUACAUCUUUCAUAACAUGGCAUAUGAGCUCCAUGGCCUGUUGGCUGGAAAUGUUAGCAUAGUGACUGGGGAAAACAUCAAGCCCUCGUAUGGUGGCGACGACGAGGCAUUCUUGCGGAAGGUUAUAACACCCAUUUACUGUGUGGUUGCAAAGGAAGCUGAAAAGAACAAAAACGGAACGGCUUCACAUGCAGACUGGUGUAAUUACGAUGAUCUGAAUGAGUAUUUCUGGUCUUCCGAUUGCUUCUCUCUCGGAUGGCCUAUGCGCGACGAUGGUGACUUUUUCAAAUCAACCCGUGACAUGGGAAAGAAGAGUUGUGGAAGAAGUGGAAGCACUGGCAAAUCAAACUUUGUAGAGAUUAGAUCAUUUUGGCACCUCUUUCGAAGUUGGGAUCGACUCUGGACAUUUUAUAUUCUCGGUUUACAGGUAAUGAUCAUCAUUGCGUGGAGUGGGGCUCCGGUAGAAAAAAUCUUCGAAAAGGAAUUACUGUAUGAUAUAUCCAGCAUUUUUAUCACUGCGGCCAUUCUGCGUUUACUUCAGAGUAUUUUGGAUCUUGCACUCAACUUCCCAGGAUAUCAUAGGUGGAAAUUCACUGACGUGUUGAGAAACGUUCUCAAGAUAAUUGUGAGCAUUGCAUGGGUGAUCAUUCUUCCUCUGUUCUAUGUGCAAGAAUUCGCUUUCGUCCCGAAGAACGUUAAGAACAUGCUAUCACUUAUCAAACAAGUAGAGGGAAUCAAUCCUCUAUACGUUAUGGCUUGUGGACUGUACUUGGUCCCAAAUGUACUGGCUGCUGUUCUUUUCAUCUUUCCAAUGCUCCGGCGUUGGAUUGAAAACUCAGAUUGGCACAUUAUUAGGUUACUGAUGUGGUGGGCACAGCCAAGAGUUUAUGUUGGGAGGGGAAUGCAUGAAAGUCAGUUUGCACUUAUAAAGUAUACUCUUUUCUGGUCUUUCCUAUUGUGUUCCAAGUUUGCGUUCAGCUUUUUUGUCCAGAUCAAACCAUUGGUGCUGCCGACGAAAGACAUAAUGAGCAUUCGUCGUGUUAAAUAUAAAUGGCAUGAACUCUUCCCUAAUGUUCAAAACCACAUAGGAGCUGUUGCAUCACUUUGGGCACCAGUACUAUUGGUUUAUUUUAUGGACACUCAAAUUUGGUAUUCUAUUUUCUCAACCAUAUCUGGUGGUGUUAGUGGAGCUUUUGAUCGCCUUGGAGAGAUAAGAACCUUGGGGAUGCUAAGAUCACGGUUCCAGUCCUUGCCUGGUGCCUUUAAUGCAUACUUGGUACCUACCGAAAAAUCGCAGAAGAGAGGAUUCUCUUUAUCGAAGCGAUUUGCUGAGGUAACUGCAAACAAAAGAAGUGAAGCUGCAAAGUUUGCUCAGCUAUGGAAUGAAGUGAUUUGUAGCUUUCGUGAAGAAGACUUAAUUAGUGACGGGGAGAUGGACCUUUUACUCGUUCCUUAUACUUCAGAUCCUAGCCUGAAACUGAUUCAGUGGCCACCGUUUUUGCUGGCAAGCAAGAUACCAAUUGCAUUGGACAUGGCAGUUCAGUUCCGAUCUAAAGACUCCGACCUCUGGAAACGCAUAUGUGCCGAUGAAUACCUGAAGUGUGCUGUGAUUGAAUGCUACGAGUCGUUCAAAAUUGUCCUGAACACUCUGGUGGUUGGAGAGAAUGAGAAAAGGACCAUUCGAAUCAUCGUCAAAGAAAUCGAGAGUAACAUUUCAAAGAACACUCUCCUCUCGAAUUUCAGAAUGGCUCCUUUAUCUGUUCUUGUCAAGAAAUUUGUGGAGCUUGUCACAAUCUUGAAAGAUGGUGAUCCAUCCAAAAAGGAUUCUGUUGUUUUCUUGCUGCAAGAUAUGCUUGAAGUAGUUACCAGUGAUAUGAUGGUGAAUGAGAUACGUGAACUAGUAGAGCUCGGACAAAGUAACAAGGAAUCGGGAAGGCAACUCUUUGCCGGUACCGACGAAAAACCGGCUAUAGCGUUCCCUCCUGUGCUAACUGCACAUUGGGAAGAACAGAUACGACGUCUUCAUAUCCUCCUGACAGUCAAAGAAUCCGGCACCGAUAUACCAACAAACCUUGAGGCACGUAGAAGGAUUGCCUUCUUUGCGAAUUCAUUGUUUAUGGAUAUGCCACGAGCUCCUCGAGUUCGUAACAUGCUCUCGUUCAGUGUCCUGACCCCAUACUAUAGUGAAGAAACUGUUUAUUCGAAAAGUGAUCUCGAGAUGGAAAACGAGGAUGGUGUAUCGAUUAUAUUCUACCUGCAGAAAAUCUAUCCAGAUGAGUGGAACAACUUCGUCGAGCGUCUCAAUUGUAAGGAGAACGAGAUAUGGGAAAAUGAUGAAAAGAUCUUGCAGCUACGCCACUGGGUAUCCUUAAGAGGACAAACUCUGUGUAGGACAGUUAGAGGGAUGAUGUAUUACAGACGAGCUCUGAAAGUUCAGGCUUUCCUCGACAUGGCUACCGAAAACGAAAUAUUAGAAGGAUACAAAGCGAUCUUAACUCCAUCCGACGAAGAUAAGAAAAGCCAGAGAUCCCUGUAUGCUCAGUUGGAGGCAGUGGCUGACUUGAAAUUCACUUAUGUUGCUACCUGUCAAAACUAUGGAAAUCAGAAACGAAAUGGAGACCGUCGUGCAACCGACAUCCUGAACUUGAUGAUCAAUAAUACCUCUCUUCGUGUGGCUUAUAUCGACGAUGUUGAAGAAAGGGAUGGCACUGGAAGAUCUCAGAAAGUUUACUAUUCUGUACUGGUUAAAGGUGUUGAUAAUCUUGACCAGGAAAUCUAUCGGAUAAAGUUGCCCGGAAAUGCAAAGUUAGGCGAAGGAAAACCUGAAAAUCAGAAUCAUGCUUUAGUUUUUACUCGCGGAGAAGCUCUUCAAACCAUUGAUAUGAAUCAGGACAAUUACUUGGAAGAAGCAUUCAAAAUGCGUAAUCUUUUGGAAGAAUUCAACGAGGAUCAUGGAGUACGACCUCCUACAAUUUUAGGAGUUCGUGAGCAUAUCUUUACGGGAAGUGUCUCAUCCCUGGCUUGGUUCAUGUCAAAUCAAGAAACGAGCUUCGUUACCAUCGGUCAAAGAGUUCUUGCAAGACCACUCAAGGUCCGUUUCCAUUACGGUCACCCGGAUGUGUUCGAUAGGAUCUUCCACAUAACCCGUGGAGGCAUCAGCAAGGGUUCUCGUGGCAUCAACUUGAGCGAGGACAUCUUUGCAGGCUUUAACUCGACCCUGAGACGAGGUAACAUUACUCAUCAUGAGUAUAUUCAAGUCGGGAAAGGUAGGGAUGUCGGGUUAAACCAAAUCUCUCUUUUCGAAGCCAAAGUGGCUUGUGGUAACGGGGAACAGACACUCAGCAGAGAUAUCUACCGACUAGGCCAUCGCUUCGACUUCUUCCGCAUGUUGUCAUGCUACUUCACAACGAUUGGAUUUUAUUUCAGCUCUAUGUUGAUUGUGUUUACAGUGUACCUUUUCUUGUACGGAAGGCUUUAUUUGGCAUUAAGCGGUUUAGAGGAGGCGAUAUAUAAGUUUGCUUCGGCUAGGGGUAAUAAUUCUCUGAAGGCUGCAUUGGCUUCACAGUCUAUAGUUCAAUUAGGCGUGUUAACGGUACUGCCCAUGGUGAUGGAGAUCGGAUUGGAAAGAGGAUUUCGAACAGCAUUAGGCGACAUCAUAAUCAUGCAGCUUCAGUUGGCAUCUGUGUUCUUCACUUUCUCCCUCGGAACGAGAGCACAUUACUUCGGGCGCACUAUCCUGCACGGUGGGGCUAAAUACAGAGCGACAGGCCGUGGCUUUGUGGUCCGGCACGAGAAAUUCGCAGAGAACUACCGCUUGUACUCAAGGAGCCACUUUGUAAAAGGGAUGGAGCUAAUGGUGUUGCUUAUAUGUUAUAGGAUCUAUGGUUCCUCAGCAACUGAUGCAGUCUCUUAUGGACUCCUAUCAUUCUCCAUGUGGUUCUUGGUUUUAUCCUGGCUGUUUGCUCCUUUCCUUUUGAACCCGUCGGGAUUCGAAUGGCAGAAAAUAGUAGAAGAUUGGGAAGAUUGGUCAAAGUGGAUUAGCUGCAGAGGUGGCAUCGGAGUUUCAUCGGUUAAGAGCUGGGAAUCUUGGUGGGAUGAAGAACAGGAGCACCUGCGACACACCGGGCUCAUGGGACGUCUCAUAGAGAUCAUUCUUUCGCUUCGCUUCUUCAUUUACCAGUAUGGAAUUGUGUAUCAUCUAAACAUGACCACCAGCAGCAGGAAAGGUAUUCGGUUGAGCAUCGCGGUUUAUGGUCUUUCCUGGCUGGUCAUUGUAGCCGUGUUGGUUAUUCUAAAGAUCGUAUCGAUGGGGCGAAUGAAGUUCAGCGCGGAUUUCCAGCUGAUGUUCAGACUCCUUAAACUACUAAUGUUCAUCGGGUGCAUAGCGACCAUCACAAUGCUGUUCUAUUUCCUCGAUCUCACCGUGUCGGACAUCUUCCAGAGCUUACUAGCGUUUAUACCGACGGGGUGGGCGCUUCUGCAGAUAUCGCAAGCCUGCCGGACAUUGGUGAAGGGAAUCGGAAUGUGGGGAUCGGUGAAGGCACUGGCGAGAGGGUACGAAUACAUGAUGGGAGUGUUGCUGUUCGCACCGAUAGCCAUAUUGGCAUGGUUCCCGUUUGUAUCGGAAUUCCAGACCAGGCUGCUGUUCAACCAAGCCUUCAGCAGAGGCCUUCAAAUUCAACGUAUUCUGGCUGGUAGCAAGAAGCAUGCCUAAAAUAAAACCAAAUCACGUACCUGAUCAAGUGAAGGUGCAUUGAAGAAGAUGCCACUAGGAUGAA